AUGACGGCUUCUUCAUCUAAGAUGGUGGUGGCGACGACCACCACCAUCGCAGCAUUCCUCCUCCUCCUCCUCCUUCUUGUCCUGAAUUCACCAGUUGACGCACAUGAAAAGUUUCAUAAGGGAGUAGGUGUGACGUAUGAUGCAAGAUCCCUCAUCAUCAAUGGCAAAAGAGAGCUCCUUUUCUCUGGCUCCAUUCACUAUCCUCGCAGCACGGCAGAUAUGUGGCCAAAACUUUUGGAGGAUGCUAAAAGGGGAGGCAUCAAUGUGAUACAGACUUAUGUAUUCUGGAACAUCCAUGAGCCGGAGGAAGGCAAAUUCAAUUUUGAAGGAAGAUUUGAUUUGGUGAAGUUCGUAAAGUUGAUUGGUGAACAUGGUUUGUAUGCAACCAUUAGGCUUGGACCAUUCAUCCAAGCUGAAUGGAAUCAUGGAGGACUUCCUUACUGGUUGAGAGAGGUCCCUAACAUCAUCUUUCGUUCGUACAAUGAACCCUACAUGCAACACAUGGAGAGAUUCGUCAAAAUGAUCGUUGAGAUGCUGAGAGAUGCCAAGUUGUUUGCCGGUCAAGGAGGUCCCAUCAUUCUAGCUCAGAUUGAAAAUGAAUACAACACUGUCCAACUAGCAUAUAGAGACUUGGGCAACAAGUAUGUCCAGUGGGCUGGAAACAUGGCUGUAGGGCUCAAUAUUGGUGUCCCGUGGAUCAUGUGCAGGCAGAGGGAUGCUCCCGGUCCUGUGAUAAAUUCAUGCAACGGGAGGCAAUGUGGAGACACCUUCAGUGGUCCAAAUGCACCCAACAAACCUGCUUUGUGGACUGAGAACUGGACUGCUCAGUUCCGAGUGUUUGGUGAUCCACCAUCUCAGAGGUCCGCAGAAGAUACCGCAUUCUCGGUAGCUCGUUGGUUCUCCAAGAAUGGAAGUCUGGUUAACUACUACAUGUACCAUGGUGGAACUAAUCUUGGCAGGACUGCUGCAUCUUUUGUGACAACCCGAUACUAUGACGAGGCUCCCAUCGACGAAUUUGGUCUGGAGAGGGGACCAAAGUACGGUCACCUGAAGGAUGUACACAAAGCUCUGAAUCUAUGUAAGAAGGCUCUACUUUGGGGAUCUACGAGUGCCCCACGAUUGAACCCAGAUGUCGAGGCUCGAAUAUACGAGCAACCUGGGACAGAUGUGUGUGCAGCUUUCCUGACCAAUAAUCACACCAGGCUUGCUCAUACUGUCAAAUUCAAAGGCCAAGAGUAUUACCUCCCUCCUCGUUCCAUCAGCAUCCUUCCCGAUUGCAAAACCGUGGUGUUGAACACUGCAACGAUUCUGGCGCAACACAAUUCAAGGAACUUUAUAAGAUCAGCAGUCACGAACAAGCUCGACUGGAAGAUGAUCGUUGAGGCCAUUCCAACCAACCUUAAAGUCGUAUCAUCCACUCCAAUGGAGCUCUAUUUUUUGACUAAAGAUAAGACCGACUAUGCAUGGUACACCACAACCAUAAACUUGGAUCCACGAGACUUGUCGAUGAGGAAAGACAUCCUCCCGGUUCUUAGGGUUGCGAGCUUAGGUCAUGCCAUGUUAGCAUUUGUGAAUGGCCAAUUUGUAGGAUCUGCACAUGGAAGCCAGAUCGACAAGAGCUUUGUACUCCAGAAAUCAGUAGAGUUGAAGCCUGGAAUCAACUACAUCUCCCUUUUGGGAACCUUGAUUGGACUUCCUGAUAGUGGAGCUUACAUGGAGCACAGGUUUGCAGGGCCUCGUGGUGUUUCGAUCCUAGGAUUGAACACAGGAACACUCGAUCUAUCGCAGAACGGUUAUGGUCAACAGGUUGGUUUAGUUGGUGAGCAUGAUGAGUUGUUCAGCGAUGGUGGAUCAAAGAAAGGGAAAGGGAAAUGGAUAGAUAUCCCAAAAGUAGGGAAAGGACCUCCGCUCACAUGGUAUAAGGCCAAGUUUGAUGCACCGGAAGGAAACGACCCUGUUGCAGUUAGCAUGUAUGGAAUGAUCAAAGGCAUGAUUUGGAUCAAUGGACAGUCUAUUGGUCGCUACUGGAUGUCCUACAUCUCCCCUCUUGGAGAUCCAACUCAAGCUGAGUAUCUCAUUCCGAGAUCGUACCUAAAACCAAAGGACAACCUAAUUGUGGUGUUGGAGGAAGAACCAGCACAUCCAUCCAACAUCACAAUCCUUACGGUGAAUCGUGACACAAUCUGCAGCUAUGUGUCGGAGCUUAGCCCGCCGAGCGUGAGACAGUGGGAGAGGAAAGGUGACAAGUUCAGGCCAGUUGGUGCAGAAGCCAAGGUAGGAGCUCAUUUGAUGUGUCCCGUGGGGAAGAAGAUCGCCGUCGUCGAUUUCUCCAGCUAUGGUGAUCCUUAUGGCGCUUGCGGCGGAUUUUCACAGGGGAGGUGCAGCUCGCCGGUGUCUAAACAAGUGGUUGAACAGAGUUGCUUAGGAAAGGAAGUUUGUAAUGUUCAACUGGAGAAGGGACUUUUUGAGAAGAAUGGUGAUCCUUGCCCUAACGUGAAGAAGAAGACAUUGGCGAUUCAAGUCACCUGUCGAUAG